CAUAAUUUUUGGAGCAAACAUGGCUUCAGUUUCAUCUUUUUUCUUCUUCAUCUUCAAAAGCGUGCCUUUUGUGCUAUGUUUAGUCCCAGUUACUUCUGCUUUGUGCCAUGGUCAUGAGAGCUCUGCCUUGUUGCAACUCAAGGAAAGCUUUAUAAUUGAUGAGGGAGCUUCUUAUGGUCCUGCUUAUCCGAAAAUUUAUACUUGGAAGCAGCAAGGCGAUUGCUGCUCAUGGGAUGGUGUCACCUGCGAUGAGCGCAGUGGUCAUGUGAUUGGCCUUGAUCUCAGUAGCAGCUGUCUCUAUGGUUCCAUCAACUCUAGCAGCACCCUCUUCCAUCUUGUUCACCUCCGCGCCCUUAACCUCGCCAAUAACCAUUUUAAUCACUCGCCAAUUCCGUCAAGCUUAGCCUACCUUCCCAAGCUCAGCUAUCUCAAUCUCUCCGGCUCUUCCUUUUCUGGCCAAAUCCCAUCCAACAUUUCAGAAUUGUCUAAGUUGUCUUCUCUUGACUUGUCUCUAAAUGACGAAUUAACGCUCAAAACGCCGAAUUUUAGAAGUCUAGUUCAGAACUUGACCAGCCUAGAAGAACUGAACCUAAGUUGGGUGGAGAUAUCAUCCUCAGUUCCUGAGAUCUUAGCAAAUUUUUCUUCUUUAAAAUCUCUCAGUGUGAGAAAUUGUGGACUAAAUGGUGAAUUUCCUUCUGGGAUUUUUCGGCUGGCCAAUCUACAAGCUCUUCUUUUGUCAGUGAACUGGGAUCUCAGUGGUCAUUUUCCAGAAUUCAAUUCCAGUAGUCCUCUUCGAUCAAUACAGCUCUCGCACACAAGAUUUUCUGGAGAGCUGCCACCUUCCAUUGGAAACCUCGGUUACUUGGAUACAUUAAAUAUUUGGGAAUGCUACUUCCUCGGACAAAUUCCGGCUUCACUCGGAAACCUCACCCGACUUGAUUACUUGGACCUUUCAGACAACAAUUUCGAGAGUCAUAAUAUUUCUUCCCUGGCAUGGAUUGGUAAGGAAACCAAACUCACACUUUUGGGACUUUCCGAGAUUAGCUUAAAUGGUCAGCCACUCCCAGCAUAUUUUGCCAACCUAACCCAACUUGAUUCCUUUCUUCUAAGCGCUUGUCAAAUAACUGGUCCAAUCCCAUCUUGGCUUAUGAACAUGACCCAGCUAACUACAAUAGAACUUUCACGAAACAGUUUGCGAGGACCAAUUCAAGAUUCAAUCCUCCAACUAGAAAACCUUGAAAUUCUUAACCUUAGUGAAAAUAACUUGAGUGGCAUAGUAGAUUUCCGCAUGUUUCCUGAGCUCAAAAGGUUGCAGUCGCUGCUGUUGUCAAACAACCAACUCACGUUGCUAGCCAAGGCCAACAGAAACGCUACUCUUCAAAAAUUUCGGGUCUUGGGAUUUGCGUCUUGCCACCUAAGUCGCUUUCCCAGUUUCCUGCAUGGUCAAGAUAAGCUGCAGAUGCUAGACUUGUCCAACAACAAUAUUCAAGGUGAAGUACCCGAGUGGAUAUGGAACACAAGUAAAGAUACUUUGGAGUAUCUAGAUCUUUCUAACAAUCAUCUCAUAGGUUUCCAAACACAUCCAACCGUUUUUCCAUGGACUCGACUAACUUACCUUCAGUUGAGUUCUAACAUGUUGCGGGGAUCACUUCCAAUACCUCCACCAUCCACUGUAAUUUAUUCCAUCUCAAAUAACAAAUUGACAGGGGAAAUUUCGCCAUACAUUUGCAGUCUUAAUUCUGUUUAUGCCCUUGAUUUGUCUUACAACAACUUGAGUGGUAUGCUUCCUCCAUGUUUGGGCAACUUCAGUCCUACUCUUCAACUGCUAAAUCUAGCAGGAAACAACUUCAGCGGCAAGAUUCCACACACGCACACAAACGAAUGCAGCUUAAGGAUGAUAAUGCUUGAUUCCAAUCAGUUAGAGGGACAAGCACCCAGAUCAUUGAGCAAUUGCGCCAAUCUGGAGUUUCUAAGUUUUGAAAACAAUCGAAUCUUUUCCCCUCUUGGUUAG